AUGAGGGGCGAUCACCAAUACCCAACUGUGAUGCUUGAAGCGGAUGCAUCCCAAGACUUGUGGUAUUGGCUUGCAUUUUGUGGUCCCCUAGGAUCGAACAACGAUGUUAACGUUCUUCAUCAAUCUCCAAUAUUUGACUAUGUGAGGAAUGGGACUGCGCCUAAUAGUUCAUUCUACGUAAAUGAUCAAUUUUACAAACGUGGUUACUAUCUUACCGAUGAGAUCUACCCUGCUUGGUCGACGUUCGUGAAUGUAUUUCGUUAUCCGACCGACCCAAAAGAAAAAAAAAGGUUAACAAAGGUGCAAGAGUCUGCAAGAAAAGAUGUGGAGCGUUCUUUUGGUGCACUAAAGGGAAAACGGGGUACACUCAGGAGGCCGUUAAGGUCAACGACUGUAGGGAAGAUUAGGGGAAUUGUGUAUGCGUGCAUGAUAUUGCACAAGAUGAUUUUAAAGGACGAGGGAAGAGCGAUAUCCCUGGUACACAUUAGGGAUCAACCGGUUGAGCCAGCAUUUAACAUUUAA